UCACGUCGCGUCACAAUGCCUCACGUCAGCGAUAUUAUGAGUCCCAAUCGCUCUGGACUUGCUCUGCACCAUUUUCUUGCCAUUUUCUUGCCAUUUUCUCUUGGUUCAUCUGCAAUGCUGUCGGAGGGAAACGAGGAGCUGAGCAGUGCCCUCGGCUGGAUCUCCAUCGCGUGCUGGAUCGUCGUAUACUCGCCCCAGCUAUAUGAAAACUAUAAACUUCAAUCCGGCGAGGGCUUGAGUGUGAUGUUCGUCGCCAUAUGGCUACUAGGGGAUAUCUGUAACUUGGUCGGCGCCGCACUCGCCAAUCUGCUGCCCACGGUUAUCAUUAUAGCCUGCUACUACACGUUCUGCGACAUCACUCUGAUGGUUCAGAUAUAUUACUACCGGUGGAAGAGAAGCCGCUUUGACCUUCAAGGGGCAUCUGACGAGCGGGCACCUCUGUUGGCGGGAGACGGAGCCGAUGUCCCGGCCCAGUCCUCGGCGAUGGCCGUAGUCAUUCGUUAUCUCGGGGCGCUCUCGUUUGUUCUCGCGACGGGAACUCUUGCUUGGUGGAUAUCGCGAAACGGCGGGAAGGACGAACCCCUGCGCCGUCGCCCACGAGUCCGGCGCUGCAAUGGACAAUCCAGAUCCUUGGCUGGACGAGCGCAGUGCUUUAUCUAGGAUCGAGACUGCCCCAAAUAGCCAAAAACAUCCAGACACAGUGUGAAGGUCUUUCUCCAGCACUGUUCUUCUUUGCCAUUAGUGGCAACCUGACCUACUCGUGCUCAAUUAUCGCCAAAAGUGUCGAUCGCGAUUAUCUGAUCAUGAAUGCUAGCUGGCUCGCCGGCAAUGCGCUUACUGUUUUUCUGGACCUCAUUGUCCUCGCUCAGUUUACUUACUACCGCGCCGCUCGCCGUAAUGUCGCAUCUCUCUGAUUCACAACUUAGAGUAGAACCACUUGGGAACCAAAGCCGGUCAACAUCUUGAGAUACCAAGAUUCGAAGCUGUCGUGCAUCCGGAAGUUUGGGUCGGCAGAGCCUCCUCGUGUACCUUGCGCUGAUGUAAUCCAAUCAAUGUCCAUUUGUUUUCUUGCCUCGAGGCCAACAUUCGCGAACACGCGUUGAAUCCUCGUCCCACGAUGCAGGUCACCAUUCCCGCCGUAAAAGGGAGAUUCGAGGAUCCUUUCCAUGCCCCGCCUCGUGCAGAGCUUCGGACCUCGUCGUGCCCUCUCUACCAGUCCGAUAGCGCUUUCUCGUCGUUCUCCGGGCAAAGCCGCCAGAACCUCGAGGCUCGUUUGACAUCAACGUACCUUGCGAGCGCCACAUCAUAUGAGCACCUACCCUCUGUGCGUCCCCGCCAACGCUUGUGGCCCCCGCAGCCGCGGUCCGGUCCGGCCGUACUCCAUCUCCUCGCUGCCAACGCCUACGCCCAAGACUCAUGCCUCCCCACGCGCCCCUCCCGUAGUGCAGAGCAACGUGCUGAUUCCGCGACUGCGCGAGGCGAUCAACUCCCUGGACUCGAAAAUGGCCUUGUUGAUGAGAGAGCGUCGCGAACUUGAGCUACGCCUGGAGCAAGCCGUGCGUCUGCAGUCUCCCGUCCUUCGUCUACCGGGGGAACUGCUCGCCUCCAUCUUUGUCGUUGGGGUCUUGAACGAUGUGGAUGAUGUGCAGGAGCACCCGGAGGAGGACAAGACCGCUGUGAUGCUCCCUACGCUAAUGCUUGUUUGCCGCCACUGGCAGGAUGUCGUGCUUGGCACUCCGUCAUUAUGGGCCAAGAUCGCUGUCGGACCCCUGCACUCUAUUGAGCAGGCCCGACGGAAGCUGGGUCGCUCAAAGUCAUGUCCUUUGGACAUAUCGAUCAUAUUCGGACUGCGGAUGGAACAUACCAUGGGGGUGACCGAGCAGGUGGUGCGGGCGAUGGACCUUUUCCGGCCAGCUCUGUGGCGGGUGAAAUCAUUUCGACUGCAUGUGCCCACUCGUCCGCAAGCCAACGCGGUUUUAUUGCGGUGCAAGGAAGAUGCACCGAUGCUAGAAGUGCUCUCGAUACGGAUAUACCAUGCGAUAGGUGAGGAUAAUGCAAGAGCUGCAUCCCCCCUACCGCUUUUCAAUGGCCGUACACCUCGCCUAUGGUCAUGCUCUAUGACGUCCUUCAACUUCGGGUGGGAUGUCGGGCUUGCUUGUCGAUUGCGAGUGUUGCGGCUAGGCGGAUACUUCAAUGCUCACACUCCAUCAACGAACACUCUGCUCGGGAUUCUUUGCGAGAGCCCCCAGCUGGAGGAAAUCUCUCUGCGCAAUCUAUCGGAUGUAGAUUGCGCUCCCUGCGCUGGUCUGCAGGACUUCGACCCGCCGCCUUUAGCGAAGGUGGUCCAUCUUCCCCGGCUCAGGAAAGCCUCAUUUCACUACGCGGGCAUUGCUUUGACGCAGCAACUGAUGGCGCAAUUCUCGAGUCCUAACCUCGAAUCGCUGGACCUGUGCUAUCUCGAAAAUGUCACGCCGAUUCUUCAAUUACUCUACGUUCAAGCGUUGACCAGGCUACCUCUACGGCGGCUACGGAUCGAGUCAUCGCUUUUCAACGAGCUCAAACUCGUCAGUCUCUUGCGGCGGCUUUCGUCGCUGGUAUGUCUAGAACUAGUCGAUGUCGAGGACGCAUCUGCUGGUCUACUUCGAGGACUAUCAUCUCCUCAACCCUGGGUUUGUCCCAAACUAGACACGUUCGUGCUCGAUGGCUGCACUUCCCUGGAUUGGGACUCGCUUCGAACAUUUGUGGAAUCCCGUUUGCCUGCCAACACGGUCUCGUAUCCCUCCCACAGACACUCCCUCCCGGCGGUCUCGUCGGCGUCGACUGCGGCAGCAGAGCAUGCUCGAUUACGCGCAUUACCUGUUGGACGUGGGUCCCAUUCUGCGGUGUAUCUGGGCCCAGUGCGCCUACGAUCCAUAGAUGUCACACGUUGCAACCUGAGCAAAGAGAUGAUGCAGUGGUUACAGAUGUUUGUAUCAGAAGUCAAAUGCAGGGAAGGGGGAUGGGGAGAAACAUAACGUCUUAAUUGUAUUAUAAGCCGGAUGCAUUCUAGUUCAGGGUUCAUUGAGAUAUGCGAGCAUCUCCCGUCGCUGUCUGUUCUGUGCUUUCUCCUGGCGCGCAUGUCCACGAUAUCCGCGGCCAUAUCUCCGUUUCUGUUUCCUCAACUCUUCCGCAGCUUUCACGUGAGCAAGCAUGGCAGCAGCGUUGUGCGUGACGCGCUUCUGCGAUGCGCGGUACGGACCGACAGUCUUGGCUUUCAGACCGAUCCCCAACCGAUCCGACUUGAGAACCGUGGCGAUCGGUGUCACCAAUGCAGUGCGCGAUGAGGACCCGGAGGCUGACGCGAUUUCUGGCUCUGAGUAAUCAUCCGACUCGGGGUCACGGUCGGGCUCAGUCAAGUCGAUGACUUCCGGCUCUGGCCGCAUCCGAUUCGCCCUAAGAACACCGAUGCCCAGAGCUUCUCCCUCAUUCCACCCUCUAUUCUGCAGCAUCUCGUAUCCUUUGUUGGACGGACCGAUUGCAAGCCAUAUCGGCGGAGAGUGCUGAGGCUCGUGGGGUAACGGAGGUGGGUCCCGCGCGAGGAUGUCCGCGAGUGUCGGCGGCGGGGCUACUGCCGCAACCGGUUGGGUGCUAAGGACAUUUUGGAUGAACCAAUUGUUCUUAGUUCGCGUUUCGGGUGGGGGAGGCUUUAUAGAUGAUCGCGGUAGUGGAUGGGUGUCGGAAGCCAAAGAUUUACUAGGAACAGUGGUGGGCUCAACAGCGCGCGGUAAAGACUUGUACCAACCCGCAAUUCCCAGAGAGCUCGAUGGAAGUUCCAGGUGCUCGGAUGGCUGUAAUGUCGACAAGGACCCUGCAGGGACAAAAUGAGGCGGUGGGGCUAGCUUUCGCUUGAACGUCGCUUGUGCCUCCACGUCCCAUACAUCAGCCGAGUCCGUGAUGUCCCCACUCUGGCCCGUCUCCUGUUCCAGGCGCUCGCGGUCCACGGGGUCGUAGUGGGAUUUGAUUGUAUAGGCCGUGGUGGCCAUGGUCGUAGUGCAAGUCUAGGGAGUGUCACGCUAGUCACAAUUAUCGCGGUAUGGAUUCCGAUAGCUCGUGAAUUCGAGUCUGAAGCAGGGUUAUCGCAAUGCGGAAUACGUAAAUGGGUGGAAUUUACUCGCUCAAAGCGUAAGAAACGUGAGCAGCAUAGACACAUAGGUGACGAAGGACGAAACGGCGCAUCCGUUAGUCAGCGUGAUCGAAUACCAGUCAGCACGUGGAGUGCUAUCUGGCUUCCCCGCCUCCCAGUCACAGUUGCGGCCGGCCAAGUUGGUUCAGUUCAGCAUGAACUCACCUCUGGUCAGAGAUUUUCCAGAACUUGCGGGACUAUCCCGAGAGGAUCUUGAAGACAUGUUGAACGACCCCGUCUAUUUCCAAGCCAUGUUCCACUCGCUUCCACGCGUCAAGGCCAUGUAUGAAUCUCAGGCCGAGCUGGGGAUGGCUAAUGAGUCUAUUGCUAAACAUAAUAUGUCGCUGCAAGAUCCGUUGCACCAAUUACGUGCAGAGACGCAGGCGGCAUUCGAUGAAGCGAAGCGGCUUCUGGCGAGAUGGAAGGAGCUGGAGAAAGAGCAACAUGAGGUGUAUCAACGUUUUAGUCCUCAGUUUCUCCUUAUGCGGCUUAAGCACAGCAAAGUUGCACAAGAUGAUGCCUCUGAAGCCCUUGCGUCUGCGUUUGUUCAGCAAUCCGCGAUUGACCCACAAAACGCGGCAACGGCUGCACGGGAAGUCGAUGACUUCAUCCGGGAGUUUAAGGAAUCAAGGAAGGCUUAUCACAAACGAGCCAUAUGGGAGGAUAGAUGGUCAUCGGGGCUUGUCAACUGGAGAGACGAUUGAUCCACGACCAGAUUAGAGAUGCAUCCGCACUUUUGAAUAAUUGUACUGCACUACAUAAUAGCGACCUCGCAUUGUACGAGCAUCCGGCCAUCCAAUUGACUGGUCCUCGUGAGCCAUGACUGCUCGGUCCCUGACCGCGUUGGUUUGAGGCAAGUCUCGCUCCAUUGGCGUGCGGCGCCUGACCCUGGCUUCUGCUCCUCGACCUCACGGAUCAACCGCGUGCGAAGCGAUGAGCGUAAUGCGCUCGUUGCUCUUAGGACUACAAAAUACCUCAUGAUUGAACCAGGGCCAGCAACGACCAAUGCUCUUCAAGACUCUUUGCUGCACUCUUCUAGCCAUUCCGGCUGUCUGUGCGGCUACACCUGCGAUUUUGCUUCCCAAGAAGCACUCCUUCAUCUCACCGAAUACGCAAUUCAACUUUGACUACCAGUCCAUCGCAGAUUACGGUGUAUCAAGCUUCGCACUCACAGUGUGGCUGUUCACGUCUCCGCCAAAAUUCUUCGAUCCCUCGGAGACAUUUGCCACGGGCUAUUACUUCGGUCGCUAUUCCGUUGCCAACUACCCUGCAAAUCCAUCACCUACCAAUCUGGUGCCCGCCACACUGACAAUGCCCGAUUUCUCUAAGCUGGGCGGAUGGGCUGUUGGAUCUCCGGCACAGAGGAAGGUCUACCUUGCAGUUGUCGAGGAGUAUGGCACUGGCCAGCCAUCCGCUGGAUUCAGAAUGAGCCUUGCUGUAACCGAGCUUGACUACAACGGGACUCAUCACUAGACCAUAUGGGUAUGGGAUGCAUUAUCCUGUGCACUACUUGGAUUUCUUCCCUCCACUGCUACCGCCCUUGCCUUUUCCACUUUUGCCGAAGGACUUGCCCUCGAAACCUGGCCGAGCUUUUGUUUUGCCUUUGCUACCGCCCGUUUUACGUUUCUCGUUUCGCAUAGCAAUGUUGUCAGUACGCUUCUUCUGC